UCGUCCGUUCUUCCUUGGCUGAUUGAGUAUACCAAGGCGGCGAGUGCAAGGAGCAGGGGACCGGUACGGGAAGACACACCCGACGACAAGUUCAAAAGGGCGGCGCAAGCAUGCCGGCACUCUGGAGGCGUGAAGGACGCAGCAAGAGCGCUCCUAGCCGAUCAACCGUCACCGGGGAACGACGAGACAUGGGCACGUCUGAAAGCCAAAUUUCCGCAUGAGGAUCCCGUACAAGUGGAGCAGGCCAUCGCCGAAGCCAUAGCUGCAAGCCGCACCGAGGAGGAGGAAGGAAGCGCCCCGAGAUGGAGGCCAGAAACCGAGUUCGAUCCACAAGUACUCCUUCAAGUCAUCAACAGCAGAAGCUCUAACUCUGGAGCAGGAAAUGACGGGCAACGUUUCUCCCACCUUAAGUCCAUCGUCAACACUAAAAUUGGUCGGGAAGAGUUCAGCAACGCGAUGUCGUCCCUUUGGAGGAGGCUCAUCAACGAUCCCAACGCGUUCCCACCGGAGUUCUGGACUCUUUGGAAACAAUCCAGUCUAAUCGCCCUCGGUGAAAAGUGCCGUCCAGUGUGCAUUGAAAUGACUUGGAGAAGGCUGAUUGCAGCGGGAACGGUCAGGGAGUGGAAACCGAAACUGGAAGAAAUAUUUCGGGAAGCGGACCAAUUCGGAGUGGCGGUAGCUGGAGGAGUUGAACAAGUUGCGAUGGACGCACAACUGGUUCAUCAGACAGGUCAUUGGGUAGUCCAGACGGAUUGCUCAAAUGCCUUCAACACGGGCAAGCGCACCGCCAUAAUGGCCCAGGCCGCAAAGAGCGUCCCAGAUCUCGUGGGGUACAUCGCCAGGUGUUACGACGAAAUCCCGGCAAAGGCGAUAUACACGAUGGACUCCGGAGAGCGUCGGACGAUCGAGUGCAAGAGCGGUGUGCAGCAAGGAGAUGGAAUGGGACCGCCCCUGUCCUGCUUCAUCCUAGUCCCGAUCGUCUUGAAGCUUAGAGCCAAGUACGACCACCUCGGGGUAUGCUUGAAAGCUUAUAUGGACGACAUCAGCCUGCACUUCAAAAAUAUCACAGCGGAAAAUAUCCAGGCCUACCGAUUGCGGAGGAGGGCAUCACAGUUUUUGGGAGUCCUCAUUGGGACGGAUGCCUACGUCGAGGAUAUCGCAAUGAAAGUGAUAACUGAAGGGGGUGCAGACAAGCUUGCUCGCAUGCUGGUGCGCAUGCCAGACAAACAGGUGGCUCACCUCGUCACAUCACAAUCGCUGACACAGCGAUCCGGAUAUAUCGAGAGAGGCAUCAAUCAUAAGCUAGUGAAAGGGGCUUGUAAACGCCUGGACAAUAUGGUGAUGUGGGUCCUAGAGGCAACGAUGGGGCUCAGAGACACCGAAGUCGAAGAAGAGUUCUUCCAAGACGACUGCCAGCCUGACCGCUUCAAGUUAAAGCCCUAUCAACAAGCCCAGGCGCGCCUGUCGACAGGAGCCGGAGGACUAGGAUUACCAGCAGCCGUUAUGCGAAGGUUCUCAGCUUCUCUGGGCAACCUAGUCGGCACCCUUCCUGCGGUUAUAGCCGCGUUACGGGGUCCAUUGGGAGAGUCGGUGAGAGUUCGGAUACCGGGAACCGUGUUGGUGGAGCGGAUGGGGGACGCUAUCAAAGAACUCAACCAGGAGCAUGCAAUAUCGGUGGAGAUUCUGAAGGGGAUCAUUCCCCCGUCAUGGGUUGAGUGGGCCUUAGAACCGACAGGAGAAACCGGAAGGCGUCAGCCCACCGUUGCAGAACUGGCAGCACACGAUGGGGAAUCUACUACGCCGAGGAAAGCCCAGCACAAACUGGGCAAGGCGAUUAACAAGAUACAACUUGAAAAGUUCAUGGAGUCUCUGGAGCACCUCCCCCAGGAGGCGGUACCACCCACGAGGGACAACCCCUACGGAGGUCAAGAGGCCAGGAACAUGGCAUACGCACGAACGAGAAGCUCGCAAGGGCAAGGGGGGCACGCGUUCCUGAGAGCGGCUCCCACCGACCGAGCUCGAGAGAUUCCAUCGAACGAAUUCGUCUACGCGACGAGACGCGCCUUGGGAGUUGAAGAAUUCUUGGCGGAAAGAUGUCCCAGGUGCCACAGAGGCAGGGAAGGCGAGAUCAUCACAACGGUGCACGCAAGGACCUGUCGAAGGGAUGGAGCACAGGUCAACAUGCACGAGCCGUUAAAAUACGCACUAUCGAGAGCACUCAACGGCCUUCGCGUCAAACACGACGUUGAAAGCGGGGCACCGUUCACGGGGGAAAGAAACCUGAGCAUGGACAUCGUCAUCAGGCCAGGAGCCCUCACGAACGCAUCUUCUCCGGGGUACCGCAACAAAGGAAUACUCCUCGAUGUCACACACGCAGACCCGCAAGCACAGGUGGCCAUAUCUCGGCGAGUGCAGAGGUACAAGCUCGCAUUGCGCGGGCGUCAAGACGCCGAAAACAGGCGAACAAGAUCGACCUCGGACCAGUCAACGCCAAUGAUAUGGGGAUGGAGUGUAGACGCAUCGUAGAACGCGUUUUCGUUUGAAGUUGGCGUCUUGUUUGAGAGUAGAUGUGACAGAUUUGCGUAGAAUAGGGUAAGAUGUUAUCAUGAACGGAGAUGAAAGGGCUUUUCCAACACGGAGAUGUAGCAUGGAUCAAAGCAUUUGUUGGAUUUCAGCUUUUACAAGCGGACAUCAACGCAGUAGUAUUUUAGCAAGCUUACGAACGCAUAUAGGAUACCAUCAGGAUU